AUGAGUAAAAGUAACCAGACAUUAGUCAACUAUCUGGAUAGCAGCUGUUUCGAAUAUAAAGAUGAAGUUAGCCUGAAAACAGCAAUAAUGUCUUUUGUUAAUGCUAUUAUUAAUUAUGGACCCGGAGAAGAUCACUUAGAAUUCCGUCUACAUUUACGUUAUGAGUUUUUGAUGUUAGGAAUCCAACCCGUUAUAGAUAAAAUGAAAGAGCACGAAAAUGCAGUUUUAGACAGGCACAUCGAUAUUUUUGAAAUGGUGAGAAACGAGGAUGAUAAGGAAUUAGCAAGAAGAUAUGAUAAGGUUCAUGUAGAUACUAGAAGUGCAAGCAGUAUGUUUGAUGUACUAAAGCGAAAAUUGACGCAUACUGCAGGUUAUCCGCAUUUUCUUUCUUUGCUACAGCAUUGUCUUCUUAAUCCAUUUCAAGGUAGUUCCUAUUCUCAAUUUUGGCUUCUCUUGGAUCGAAUCACCCAACAAAUUGUCCUCCAGAAUCCUAAAGGAAUCGAUCCCGAUUACUCUCCUUUAGAUAUUAACGUUAAAGAAAUUAUAGAAAUGUUAGUGUCCGAAGAUGAAUUGAAAGCGGCAAAAGAAAAGGCAGCUUCUUUAGAACUAGAAAAUAACGAAAUAAAUUGCAUACUUAGCAAAAAAGAUCAGCAAAUAGAUCAAUAUUUACAAGAGAAGGAAGACCUACAAGCAUCUUUGGAUAAGUUAAAAAUAAAACUAGAGAAGGAAACCCUUAAUAAUUUAGAAGCCAAUCAAAAGUUAGCUGAACAAGAAUGUCGCAUCAAUGAACUCACGCAAAUGUUAAAGUCCGCUAGCACAGAUUCUAAAGAAGUAGGUAAUAUCCUUCAAGACAGUAGCAUUUCCGAUGAUGUUAAAGCUGGGAUUCACCUUCCUCCCCCAACGCCCCCUCCUUGCGUCCAAACACCCUUAUCAGAGAAAGGAAGACCUCCUCUUCCUCCUCCUCCUCCUCCACCAGGAUUAGGUUGUCCUCCCGCACCACCGUCCAUGCCUUCUAGAUGUAACACCUUGAAAUUGCCAAAAAAGGACAUUCCUCAACCUUCCACGCCAUUAAAGUCUUUUAAUUGGUCGAAAUUAUCCGAUGCAAAACUAGAAGGGACCCUUUGGGCCGAAUUUGAUGUAAGCAAACUUUAUAAAGACAUAGAUUUAGCAGAUUUUGAUAGAUCAUUCUCUGCUUAUCAAAAACAAACUUUGGGUUCUGUAGAAGACAUUCCUUGCAUUCUUUCACGUCCAACUCGUUUUACUCGCGAACUUUCAGUCAUUGAUUGCAGGCGUGCACAAAAUUGUACAAUUUUAUUAUCUAAGUUGAGAUUAUCGAAUGAUGAAUUAUGUAAAGCCAUUCUCAGCAUGGAUAGCAAAGAUCAAUUGGCUAAAGAUAUGCUCGAACAGAUAUUAAAAUUUAUGCCAAGUUCCGAAGAAAAAGCUCUAUUAGAAGAACAUAGCAACGAAAUCGAAAAUAUGGCCAGAGCCGAUCGAUUUCUUUACGAAUUAACUAAAAUUCCUCGUUAUGAGCAACGAAUAAGAACACUCUUCUACAAGAAGAAAUUUAAAGAAAGAAUUGACGAUUGUAAACCAAAAAUAAAUGCUGUUUUAGAAGCAUGCAAAGAAGUGCAAAGAAGUAAAAAAUUGAAAAAAUUAUUGGAAUUAGUUUUGGCAUUUGGAAAUUACAUGAAUCGUGGACAGAGAGGAAAUGCUUCAGGUUUUCACGUUGCUAGUUUAAACAGAAUUGCUGAUACUAAAUCUAGUAUCAACCGCAAUGUCACUCUUCUGCAUUAUAUUCUUAAAACUGUCGAAAAUAAGUUCAAAGAUGUAUUCCAUUUAGAAGAAGAUAUCCCACAUGUUAGAGAAGCUGCUAAAGUUAAUUUAACAGAAUUAUCCAAAGAAAUAUUAAGUUUAAAAGUCGGUUUGCAAGAAGUUCAAAAGGAAAUGGAAUAUCAUCGUUCUCAACCUCAAUCUUCUGGUGACCAAUACGUUCCUGUCAUGAAAGAAUUCGUUACAAUUGCCAUUUAUCAAAUGUCUGAAUUAGAAGAAAGCUUUCAAGACAUGAAUACAAGGUAUGAACGAGUAUUGAGGAUUUUUGGUGAAGAUGCUUCUCAUAUGCAAGCUGAAGAUUUCUUUACCAUUUUUGAUACGUUUCUAACAUCAUUUACUGAAGCUAAACAAGAAAAUGAAUCUAUGAAAAGGAAAAAAGAAGACGAAGAAAAGAGAAUUAAACAAGAAGAAGAAGUAAAUAUAUUUUAUUCAGUAGUUUAAAAAGUUGUAUAAUUCAUACGCGAAUCGUCGCAUC